CGCACCGUCCAUCACUCCACAGGUGCCGCUUCCUCCUCUGAGUCCCCAGCGCCAUGGGCCCGGCUCCUGCCCUGCUCCUCGCCCUGGGCGUCAUCUGGACCCGCCUCCCAUUGGCUGCUGCUCAUGAGUCGCCUGUCCAAGACUCCCCCUACUCCAAGCCCUCCAUCUCCCUCAGCCCCGGCGGGGAGAUCUCGCCAGGGACGGACGUUACCAUCUCCUGCCAGGGGCCGCGGCAGGGCGUGCGGUUCAAGCUGUACCGGGCCGGGGUCGCGCGGUGGCACAUGGAGCCGGCCGGCUCGACGGCCGAAUUCCGCAUCCCCAACGCCCGGCGGGAGGACGGGGGCAGCUACACCUGCAGCUACGAGAGCCUGAGAGAGCCGCCCAUCAGCUCCCCCCACAGUGACCCCCUGCAGCUGGUGGUAGAAGCUCACUACUCCAAGCCCUCCAUCUCCCUCAGCUCCAGCGGGGAGAUCGUGCCGGGGAUGGACGUUACCAUCUCCUGCCAGGGGCCGCGGCAGGGCGUGCGAUUCAAACUGUACCGGGCCGGGGUCGCGCGGUGGCACACAGAACCGGCCGGCUCGACGGCCGAAUUCCGCAUCCCCAACGCCCGGCGGGAGGACGGGGGCAGCUACACCUGCAGCUACGAGAGCCUGAGAGAGCCACCCAUCAGCUCCCCCCACAGCGACCCCGUGCAGCUGGUAGUAGCAGACGCUGGUUCUGGUCCCGCAGGGCGAACCAACCCGACCCAGCCUGGAACAGCACCGGCUCCCACCCGGCCAGGCAGCCCAUGGCCAGGGACCCCUCCGAGGCAGGAUUACCCCCCGUUUGCCAUCGUCCGUCUGUCCCUGGCCGCUGGGGUCCUGCUGGUCCUGGUGAUCAUCCUGGCCGAAGCCGCAUACAGCUGGAGGAGGACCCCCCACCUGCUGACCCCCCCACGGCCCGGCAGGGAGCAGGGCCAGCAGCCUGAGGGGCAGACAGAGGCCCCAGCAUGGGAACUGCAGCCCCCCCAAAUUCCUGCCCGGUCACUGGGGACAGAGACAGCAGGACACACACACGUGCGGGGACGGGGAGCAGUUAUCGGACCCGCGGGCCCAUCCAUAUCAGUAUCCCUGCCCCACUCCCCACCCCUGCCCCAGCCCCCCCAGAUCAGAUCCAUGGGCCCAUCCAACCUGCUAUCCCCACCUCACUCCCCGCCCCCACCCCCGCCCCCCCCAGUCUGAUCCAUGGGCCCAUCCAGCCUGGUAUCCCCGCCCCACUCCGCACCUCACUCCCCGCCCCCUUAAAUCAGGUCCAUGGGCCCCUCCAGCCUGGUAUCCCCCCCCAGUCCCUCCAGAUCUGAUCCAUGAGCCCAUCUAGCCUGGUAUCCCCACCCCACUCCCCAUCCCCCUGCUCCAGAUAGCACCUAGGCCAGUCCAACUUGGUAUCCCCCCCCGGCCCCCUCCUCACCUGCACCGUUGUCCAUCCACACCAGAAUAAUGGUCCCUUCUGGCCCGGUCUCCUGCCCUCUCCCUGCCCGAGAUGAAAUGCAUGGGUCCCGUGCCCAUCUAGCUUGGCAUCCCACCCUCUCCCUGCCCUCCCGGUCAGACCCAUGGGCCCACCCAGCUCCAGUACCUGUCUCCAGCUGGGAGCAGCUCUCCCUGGGGUGUCUCGACAGGAGGGGACCUUGAUACCAAGCUGCCUCCAUUAAACCCACUGCCUGGCCAGCUGGCAACGACCCUGCCUCCCUCACUGGACUGUCUCCCGCCUCUUCAGCCUCACCAAUAACCAGAACUGGCGGACAAGGGAGCACUUCUGCCGGACUCCUGGGUUCUCUCCCCAGGUCUGGGAGGGGAGUGG